AUGGGUGGGGCGAGAUGGCGGGAAGAACUUUGGACAGCGGCAGACCAGAGCUGUGUUUAUCUGGUCAACUGCUUCCCCCAGGACAAAUGGCGCUUGGAAUUCUGCGUGUUAGCAGAGCAUAGCGCACACAUUCGCCUCAUCAACAAGCCAACCCAAGACUGUGACCGUGACAUCGUGGUUACACUGGGAGGUAUAUACAACCUGAGGACCUCAAUACGCCAGGGCUACUCAGAAUGGUCAACAUCCACUCCUAAUAUAUUAUCAAGGGUGGAAAUGCGUGGAUUCUGGGUGGAGGCUCAGAGUGAAUGUGUUGCUGUAGGGAGGGAGAAUGUGGAAGAGCCGAUACUGACGUGGCAUGUCCCUUCGACAUACCAAGUCGAAUACUUCGGCAUCAGCACUGGUCCUGGCACGACCGGAUCUUGGUUUAUCAAAGAGAAGGAUGGAGAAAGAAAACCGCCGCUACCACCACAUGGCAACGGUAAUGGUUACAAAGGGUACGAAGACAGCGGUAGAGAUGAGAAAGAGUCAGAAGACGCUUCUAUAUCUUCAGUGGACGACACUGAAGAAUACCGUGUUAGAUUAUUAAUCUCUGGACAUUUUCAUCCGGACGAAACGCCGAUGUUCAUCAUCCAAGAGUAUGAAGCAGAAUCUGGAGUCUUUGAUGAUCAGAUUGUUGACAUCAAGCGCAUACAAAAGUUGGGAACUUAG